CGCAGCGUUUUGGGGGGUCUUAGGUGUCAAACCCUCUCACCUACCAAGGCCUGCAGAAAGAUUUCAGCACAAAAUUUGGAUUUUUGCUUUUGUUGAUCCACCCACACUAAAGCAUCAGCUCAGUCAGAAGAAAACUGACACGUUUUUGUCUUUGUUUAAGUUUGCAGGAGUACAUAAAGUGGAAUAGCAGAUUGGGACACGAGUGGAUGGAAAGCGAACACCUUUCUUUACAGUAGGGUUGCUGAAAGUCUACUGUAACCUUCUAUUGUAAAGACUCACUAAAUCCGUUUGAAGAUGGCAUCAGAAGAAGAGUAUGAAGAAGAGAUUGUGGAGGAGUACUACUAUGAGGAGGGUCCAACAAUCACCACCUCGACCACCUCAAUGUCUCAUGGUGUUGAGCUUGGACCUGGUGGCCUUCCCAAACGUGCAGUUAGGAAGAAGGUGAAGGUGGACACCUCCAAGUUCAUGACUCCUUACCUGGCACACAGUCAGAAGAUGCUUGACCAGUACAGCCAUAAUAAAUACAGGGAGGCAUAUGAAAAAUCAAAGGGGCAGCCCUAUGACAUUUCGGCUGAAACACCUGAGAUGAUUCGCAUCAAAAAGGCCCAGGAGCAGCUCAGUGAGGUGAAAUACCGUAUGGAAGGACUGAAGGCCAAAACCACCAGCCUUUAUGAUGGUGAGGCUCGUGAGAUUGCCCAUGUGAAGCACGCCACUGAGCUCAUCAGCAAAGUUCUGUACAGGCAAAAAUGGGAUGAGACCAAGGAUAAGUACUUGCUCCCUCCCGAUGCCCCUGAGUUGGUUCUUGCUGUGAAGAAUGCAGCGAAUUACAGCAAGAAACUGUACACAGAGGCAUGGGAUGAUGAUAAAACCAUGUACUAUCCAUACAGUGACAGCCCAGAGCUGCGCAGGGUGGCCAAGGCCCAACAAGUCCUCAGUGAUAUUGUUUACAAGAAGGGCCAUGAUGAGCGCAAGGCAAAGUACACGAGUCUGGCUGAUCCCCCAGAGGUGGAACUGGCCAAGAAAAACUUCACCAAUCGUAGUAAUCUUAAAUAUCAUGAGGAUUACAACAAGAACGUCAAGGGCAAAUGGUGUGAAACCCCUUACUUUGAUAUCGCUGUUGCUAGAAUGGUUAUGGACAACAUCAGCGACAAAAAAUAUACGUCUGCUUUUGAAGACAUGAAAGACCAAAUUUAUUUCAUGCAAACAGACACACCAACAUACGCUUCUAAUAAAAAGGCCCGUGAAGCUGCAAGUACGGUCAAAUAUAAGAAGGACUAUGAGAAGACAAAAGCAGUGUCCGAUUACAACGUUCUCCCUGCUACAGAGAACCCCCUUCUCAGACAGCUGAGAUACGCAGGCACCAUCUUGAGUGAUAAUGUAUAUAAAGCUAAUUAUGAGAAAGCACGGGGAUUCAGCAUCAAUUACUGUGACACUCCCAAAUUCAAGAUGGACAGUGUAUUGAAGAAGUUCAGUGAUGUCCGUUAUAAAGAAAAGUAUGAAAAUGAGGUGAAGGGUCAUUAUGUUGGUAGCUAUGAAGAUAUAUUUACAGUUCACUGCCAGAAGAUGGAAGAAUUGAAGAAUGAUCAAAUCUACAAAGCUGAUUAUGAGGACAUGAAGGCGAGAUGUUUCUUCCCUCAAACUAUGACACCUGAAUAUGAAGCCCAUAAGAAGCUUCUACAAUGUCAAGAUAAAGUUUAUCGUCAACAUCCAGACAAGGUGAAGUUCACACAGGUGACAGACUCACCUGUUCUAAUGCAAGCUGCCAUCAACGCCAAACAGCUGAGCGAUCUCAACUACAAGGAAAAGUAUGAGAAGGAGAAGUUUAAGUGUUACCUCCCUCCUGAUUACCCUUUCUUCAUUCAGUCUAGAGUUAAUGCGUAUAACCUUAGUGAUACGUGUUACAAGUUUGAAUGGGAAAAAACAAAAGCAAAGAAAUUUGAGGUGAAAGGAGAUGCAAUUUCGAUCCUUGCAGCCCGUGCUCACACUAACAUUGCCAGCGAUGUGAAAUACAAGAAGGAAUAUGAGAAGAACAGAGGACACAUGAUUGGGGCCCUCAGCAUCAAAGAUGACCCCAAGAUCAUGCAUUCAGUACAUGUUGCCAAGAUCCAAAGUGAGCGGGAGUACAAGAAAGACUAUGAGAAGAUGAAGACCAAGUACCAUUCUCCACUGGAUAUGAUGCUUGUGACACUUGUUAAGAAAUCUCAGGCCAUUGCCAGCAUGACUGGCUAUAAGAAUAUCCCAAACCGUUACCUCCUCCCGUAUGACAGCAUACCACUGGUCCUGGCAAAGAAUGCCAAUGCUCUUCAGAGUAAUAAUGAAUACAAGUCCGACUACAAUAACUAUGUCAAAGGAACGCCUUGGGUGCCUUACGGCUCCAUGGAAGUUGAGAAAUCCAAGAAAGCAGGGGAGAUCUUAUGUGAGAAAAAAUACAGGCAGCAUCCAGACACCGUACCUUUUACUGCUAUAGAUGACCACCCUCUCCAGCUGCAGGCUAAAGUCAACCAGAUGAUAAGAAGUGAUCUGCACUAUAAGAAAGGUCUGGAUAAAGUCCUUCAGAAAUACUCCCUGCCUCCUGAUGUCCCACAGUUCCUUCAGGCCAGGUGUAAUGCCUACAACAUAAGCGAUAAAUGCUAUAAGCUUGAAUGGCUGAAGACUAUUGCAAAGGGGUAUGAUUUAAAGUCUGACGCCAUCCCUGUAAAAGCUGCGAAGGCAGCAAGACAUGCUGCUAGUGAUGUUCAGUAUAAGAAGAAGUAUAUGAAGGACAGAGGCCACCACGUUGGCUUCCGUAGCCUCCAGGAUGACCCCUUGCUGGUGCACUACAUGGCGGUGGCUAGGAUGCAGAGUGAAAAACUAUACAAAAAGGAUUAUCACAAGGCCAAGCUGAAGUACCAUACACCUGUGGACAUGUUGAGUGUAGCGCAUGCCAAACAUGCCUCAAAGGUUCAGACUUAUGCAGGGUACAAGCAGCAUCUCCAUCAUUACACCCUGCUGCCUGAUGCCAUGAACCUGGAGUUAGCUCGCUCCAUGAACAUCAGCUCCAGUGAUGUCCAAUAUAAACAGGAUUAUGAGAACUAUGUAAAAGGCACUGGCUGGAUCCCCAUUGGAUCUCUGGAUGUUGAAAAAGCAAAGGUUGCUGGUGCAGCUCUCAAUGAGAAGAAGUACAGGCAGCACCCAGACACUAUCAAGUUCACCAGCGUUCUGGACACCCCAGUCAUGGAACAAGCCAAACUGAACGCUAAGCAGCUAAGCGAUAGGCUGUACAAAGCCAGUGGUGAGAAGUUCAUGCACACUUACCUUCUCCCUUCUGAUACACCAGAGCUUCUGCAAGCCAAAUACAACGCUGUCAAUUUCAGCAAGACCUACUAUACCUACGCACACAAGCAGGAUCUUCUGAAAGGACAUCAUAUGAAGCAUGAUGCCAUUCCUGUUGUUGCUGCAAAAUCCUCUAGGGAUAUUGCCAGUGACUACAAGUAUAAGCUUGCAUAUCAGAAGGCUAGAGGUCACCAUGUUGGCUUCCGUAGCCUCCAGGAUGACCCCUUGCUGGUGCACUACAUGGAGGUGGCUAAGAUGCAGAGCGAGAGGAACUACAAGAAGGAUUACCACAAGGCCAAGUUGAAGUACCAUACACCUGUGGACAUGUUGAGUGUCGUGCAGGCCAAAAACGCCUCAAAGGUUCAGACAUAUGCAGGAUACAAGCAGCAUUUCCAUCAUUACACCCUGCUGCCUGAUGCCAUGCACAUUGAACUGGCUCGCAACAUGAUGGAGAUCCAGAGUGAUAAUUUGUACAAAUCAGAUUUCAACUGCAUCUUCAAAGGAGCAGGCUGGGUUCCUAUAGGUUCUAUAGAUGUAGAGAAGGCCAAGGCUGCCAAUAAAGCCCUUGAUGAGAGGUCAUACAGAAUUCACCCCAGUACGCUAAAAUUUACCAGUCUAACAGAUCAGAUGAACAUGGCUUUGGCCAUGAGCAACACAAAACUACAAAAUAAAGCUGCCUACAAAGCCUCCGGAGAGAAAUUUAUGCACACCUACAAUCUACCAGCUGAUGCUCCAGAGUUCCUGCAGGCCAAAUAUAAUGCCCAGACUGUGAGUGAGUCACGCUACAAGGCACAGUGGCUUGUGGACAUUGCCAAAGGCUAUGACAUGAAAGCUGAUGCUAUUCCCAUUGUUGCUGCUAAACAAGGAAGACACAUUGCCAGCAAUUAUCAAUACAAAAAAGCAUAUGAGAAAGCAAAAGGCCACCAUGUUGGCUUCCGUAGCCUCCAGGAUGACCCCUUGCUGGUGCACUACAUGGAGGUGGCUAAGAUGCAGAGCGAGAAGAACUACAAAAAAGAUUACCACAAGGCUAAGCUGAAGUACCAUACACCUGUGGACAUGUUGAGUGUUGUGCAGGCCAAAAUCGCCUCAAAGGUUCAGACUUAUGCAGGAUACAAGCAGCAUUUCCAUCAUUACAACCUGCUGCCCGAUGCAAUGAACCUGGCGUUAGCUCGCUCCAUGAACAUCAGUUCCAGUGAUUUUGAGUACAAGAGUGAGUACAACACCACCAUGAAGGGUCUGGGUUGGGUGCCCAUUGGUUCACUGGCAGUAGAGACCGCAAAGGUUGGGGGAAAGAUCCUGAGUGAUUACAACUAUCGCACUCACCCCUCUAACUACAAGUUCCACAAACUCAUGGAUUCUAUGGACCUCGCAUUGGCUACCGCCAAUAAUAAGAUCAUGGACAAGAAGUCCUACCAUGCUGCCUGGGAAAAGGACAAGCUCAAGAUUCAUGUGAUGCCUGACAGUCCUGAAAUUGUCCUGGCCAAGGCCAAUGCACUGAACAUGAGUCAGAAGCUCUACAAAGCUGGCCUUGAGGAAAUGAAUAAGAAGGGCUAUGACCUCAAACCAGACGCAAUUUCAAUUGUGGCUGCCAAAGCCGGCAGGAAUAUUGCUAGCAAUUACAAGUAUAAACUUGCAUAUGAGAAAGCGAAAGGCCACCAUGUUGGCUUCCGUAGCCUCCAGGAUGACCCCUUGCUGGUGCACUACAUGGAGGUGGCUAAGAUGCAGAGCGAAAGGAACUACAAGAAGGAUUACCACAAGGCCAAGCUGAAGUACCAUACACCUGUGGACAUGUUGAGUGUUGUGCAGGCCAAAAACGCCUCAAAGGUUCAGACAUAUGCAGGAUACAAGCAGCAUUUCCAUCAUUAUAACCUGCUGCCUGAUGCCAUGAACCUGGCUUUAGCUCGCUCCAUGAACAUCAGUUCCAGUGAUUUUGAGUACAAAAGUGAGUACAACGCCACCAUGAAGGGUCUGGGUUGGGUGCCCAUUGGUUCACUGGCAGUAGAGACCGCAAAGGUUGGGGGAAAGAUCCUGAGUGAUUACAACUAUCGCACUCACCCCUCUAACUACAAGUUCCACAAACUCAUGGAUUCUAUGGACCUCGCAUUGGCUACCGCCAAUAAUAAGAUCAUGGACAAGCAAGCAUACACAGAUACUUGGAACAAGGACAAGAUAAAGGUCCAUGUCAUGCCUGACAGUCCUGAAAUUCUUCUUGCAAAGGCUAAUGCAAUCAACAUCAGUGAGAAAGCCUACAAAGCAGGACUGGAAGCCCUAAAGAAGAAAGGUUAUGACCUCAAGGCAGAUGCUGUAUCAGUGGUUGCAGCUAGGACCUCCACAAACAUUGCCAGUGAUUACAAGUACAAAAAGGCGUACAAUAAAGCAAGAGGACAUCAUGUUGGCUUCCGUAGCCUCCAGGAUGACCCCUUGCUGGUGCACUACAUGGAGGUGGCUAGGAUACAGAGUGAUAAACUAUACAAGAAGGAUUACCACAAGUCCAAGCUGAAGUACCAUUCCCCUGUGGACAUGCUGAGUGUUGUUCAUGCUAAGCAGGCUACGGCUGCUCAAACCUUUGCUGGAUACAGGCAGAUCAUUACACAUUAUAAAGUUCUGUCUGAUGCCAUGAACCUAGAGCUAGCCCGCAACAUGCAGGCGAUCGCAAGUGAUAACAUCUACAAAUCUGAGUAUAACAGUUACAUCAAAGGAGUUGGAUGGAUUCCCAUUGGAUCUCUGGAUGUGGAGAAAGCGAAGACUGCUAGCCGGAUAGGCAGCGAGAAACUGUACCGCACACAUCCUAGUAACUUCAAGUUCACUAAAGACAUGGAUUCCAUGGAUCUGGUCCUAGCUACGGCCAACAAUGAAAUCAAAAACAAACAAAAGUAUAUUGCAGCCUGGGAACAGGACAAAACCAACAUUCACAUUAUGCCAGAUUCAAUGGAAGUGGCCCUUGCUCGUCAAAAUAAACUUAACUACAGUGAGAAACUAUACAAACUUGCCAAUGAACAAGCAAAGAAAAAAGGUUACGAUCUACGUGCUGACGCCAUCCCAAUUCAAGCUGCAAAAGCAUCAUGUGCAAUUGCUAGUAAUUACAAGUACAAGACUGGUUAUCGUAAGCAAGUUGGUCAUCACAUUGGAGCCCUCAGCGUCCAGGAUGAUCCUCUGCUCAUGCUGGCCUUGAACUCAGCUAGGAUUGCUAGUGAUGCUCUCUACAAGAAAGACUUCAACAAGUCCAAGACCAAGUUCCACCUCCCAGUGGACAUGUUAUCUUUUGAGUUGGCCAAGAAGAACCAGAUCCAGGUCAAUGAUGCCAAUUACAGAACCUACCUGCACAACUGGACCUGCCUGCCUGACUCCAAUGACGUUGUCCAGGCCAGACAAGUCUAUGACCUCCAGAGUGACGCGGUGUACAAGGCAGAUCUGAAGUGGCUAAAAGGUCUCGGAUGGGUCCCCAUUGGUUCACUUGAUGUUGAGAAAGUGAAAAAGGCUGGAGAAGUCCUAAGUGAAAAAAAGUAUCGUCAGCACCCAAGCAAUUUCAAGUUCACUUGCACAACUGAAGACAUGCCACUGGUCUUGGCCAAAGCCAAUAAUGAAAUUAUGAACAAGUCAAAAUAUAUUGAAGCUUGGAACAAUGAUAAAACAAAGAUUCACAUCAUGCCAGACGCAAUGGACGUGGUUCUUGCAAAGCAAAACAAAGUCAACUAUAGUGAGAAACAAUAUAAACUUGCCAAUGAACUGGCCAAGAAGAAGGGUUAUGAUUUGCGCAAUGAUGCCAUAUCUAUCAUCGCAGCCAGAGCCUCCAGGGACAUUGCUAGUGACUACAAGUACAAGACUGGUUAUCGUAAGCAAGUCGGUCAUCACAUUGGAGCCCGCAGCGUCCAGGAUGAUCCUCUGCUCAUGCUGGCCUUGAACUCAGCUAAGAUUGCUAGUGAUGCUCUUUACAAGAAGGACUUCAACAAGUCCAAGACCAAGUUCCACCUCCCAGUGGACCUGCUGUCUCUUGAGCUGGCCAAGAAAUGUCAGAUCCAGGUCAAUGAUGCCAACUACAGAACCUACCUGCACAACUGGACCUGCCUGCCCGACUCCAAUGAUGUUGUCCAGGCCAGACAAGUCUAUGACCUCCAGAGUGACGCGGUGUACAAGGCUGAUCUGAAAUGGCUUCAAGGUCUCGGAUGGGUUCCCAUUGGUUCAGUAGAUGUUGAGAAAGUGAAAAAGGCUGGAGAAAUUCUGAGUGAAAGGAAGUACCGCCAACACCCAAGCAACUUCAAAUACACCAUGACAACUCAAGACAUGCCGAUGGCCUUGGCUAAAGCCAACAAUGAUGUCAUGAACAAGCAACAAUAUGUUGAUGCAUGGAACAAAGACAAGUCAAAGAUCCAUAUUAUGCCAGAUGCUAUGGACAUUUUACUCGCAAAACAAAACAAGGCCAACUACAGUCUGAAAUUAUACAAGCUUGCAAACGAGGAAGCUAAAAAGAAGGGCUAUGACAUGCGAAAUGAUGCCAUCCCCAUCAAAGCAGCAAAGGCCUCCAGGGACAUUGCCAGUGAUUACAAGUACAAGACUGGUUAUCGUAAGCAAGUUGGUCAUCACAUUGGAGCCCGCAGCGUCCAAGAUGAUCCUCUGCUCAUGCUGGCCUUGAACUCAGCUAAGAUUGCCAGUGACGCUCUCUACAAGAAGGACUUCAACAAGUCCAAGACCAAGUUCCACCUCCCAGUGGACCUGCUGUCUCUUGAGUUGGCCAAAAAAUGCCAAAUCCAGGUCAAUGAUGUCAACUACAGAACAUACCUGCACAAUUGGACCUGCCUGCCCGACUCCAAUGAUGUUGUCCAGGCCAGACAAGUCUAUGACCUCCAGAGUGACGCGGUGUACAAAGCUGAUUUAAAAUGGCUUCAAGGUCUCGGAUGGGUUCCCAUUGGUUCGGUUGAUGUUAAGAAAGUGAAAAAGGCUGGAGAAAUCCUGAGUGAAAGGCAGUACCGUCAGCACCCAAGCAACUUCAAGUUCACUUGCACAACUGAAGACAUGCCUCUGGUUUUGGCGAAAAACAAUGCAAGCAUCAUGAACAAGAAAAGCUAUGUGGAAGCUUGGGAAAAGGAUAAGACCAAGAUCCACGUCAAACCAGAUACAAUGGAGAUAGUGCUUGCUAAACAGAACAAAAUUAACUACAGUGUGAAACAAUAUAAGCUUGCCAAUGAGGAGGCCAAAAAGAAAGGCUAUGACAUGCGUGGUGAUGCCAUUCCUAUAAAAGCAGCUAAAGCCUCUAGGGAUAUCAUCAGUGAUUACAAGUACAAGACUGGUUAUCGUAAGCAAGUUGGUCAUCACAUUGGAGCCCUCAGCGUCCAGGAUGAUCCUCUGCUCAUGCUGGCCUUGAACUCAGCUAGGAUUGCUAGUGAUGCUCUCUACAAGAAAGACUUCAACAAGUCCAAGACCAAGUUCCACCUCCCAGUGGACAUGUUAUCUUUUGAGUUGGCCAAGAAGAACCAGAUCCAGGUCAAUGAUGCCAAUUACAGAACCUACCUGCACAACUGGACCUGCCUGCCCGACUCCAAUGAUGUUGUCCAGGCCAGACAAGUCUAUGACCUCCAGAGUGACGCGGUGUACAAGGCUGAUCUGAAAUGGCUUCAAGGUCUCGGAUGGGUUCCCAUUGGUUCAGUAGAUGUUGAGAAAGUGAAAAAGGCUGGAGAAAUCCUGAGUGAAAGGAAGUACCGCCAACACCCAAGCAACUUCAAGUUCACUUGCACAACUGAAGACAUGCCACUAGUUUUAGCUAAAAAUAAUGCUACUAAUAAUAACAAGAAACUUUACACUGAAGCCUGGGACAAGGAUAAAACCAAAAUCCAUGUUAUGCCUGACUGUAUGGACGUUCUGUUGGCAAAGCAGAACAAUAUAAAUUACAGUGAGAAAAGUUAUAAACUUGCCAACGAAGAAUCUAAGAAGAAGGGCUAUGAUUUGCGCAGUGAUGCUGUUGCUAUCAAAGCAGCUAAGGCAUCCAGGGAUAUCAUCAGUGAUUACAAGUACAAGGCUGGUUAUCGUAAGCAAGUUGGUCAUCACAUUGGAGCCCGCAGUGUCCAGGAUGAUCCUCUGCUCAUGCUGGCCUUGAACUCAGCUAAGAUUGCCAGUGACGCUCUCUACAAGAAGGACUUCAACAAGUCCAAGACCAAGUUCCACCUCCCAGUGGACCUGCUGUCUCUUGAGCUGGCCAAGAAAUGUCAGAUCCAGGUCAAUGAUGCCAACUACAGAACCUACCUGCACAACUGGACCUGCCUGCCCGACUCCAAUGAUGUUGUCCAGGCCAGAAAAGUCUAUGACCUCCGUAGCGAUGCUGUGUACAAAGCGGACAUGGAGUUUAUGACUGGUGUAGGAUGGGUCCCGAUUGGCUCGCUUGACGUCCUGAAAGCAAAGAAAGCAGCUGAGAUUCUCAGCGAGCGACUCUACAGACAGAAACCAGACACAUUUAAAUAUACACAAGACAUGCAGUCCAUGCCUUUGGUGCUUGCCAAGGCAAAUGCCCAAGUUAUGGAUCAGCAUCAAUAUCAUGCAGCAUGGGAGCGUGACAAGAUCAAGAUCCAUAUCCCUCCUGAUACCCCAGAGAUUGUGCUCUCAAGUGCUAAUGCAUUGAACAAUAGUAGGAAACUGUACAGACAAGCAGUUGAGGACAUCUUCAGGAAAGGCUAUGACCUCAAACCUGAUGCUGUCGCCAUCAAAGCUGCUAAAGCAUCCAGAGAAAUUAUUAGUGAUUACAAGUACAAGACUGGUUAUCGUAAGCAAGUUGGUCAUCACAUUGGAGCCCGCAGUGUCCAAGAUGAUCCCUUGAUCAUGCUGGCCUUGAACUCAGCUAAGAUUGCCAGUGACGCUCUCUACAAGAAGGACUUCAACAAGUCCAAGACCAAGUUCCACCUCCCAGUGGACCUGCUGUCUCUUGAGCUGGCCAAGAAAUGUCAGAUCCAGGUCAAUGAUGCCAACUACAGAACCUACCUGCACAACUGGACCUGCCUGCCCGACUCCAAUGAUGUUGUCCAGGCCAGGAAGGUCUACGAUCUUCAGAGUGAUGCUGUGUAUAAGGCUGAUAUGGAAUGGAUCAGAGGUACAGGAUGGGUUCCGAUAGGCUCAGUUGAUGUAGAGAAGGCUAAAAAGGCUGCUGAGAUUCUGAGUGAAAGGAAGUACCGACAGUAUCCAAGCAACUUCAAGUAUACAAGCAAGACAGAUGCCAUACCUUUUGCUCUUGCCCAGGCUAAUGCCAAGAUCAUGGACAAGAAUGCAUAUGUUGAUGCCUGGAAUAAGGAGAAGAUCCAUAUCCAUGUCAUGCCAGACACCCCUGAGAUCAUUCUUGGAAAACAAAACAAACUCAACACAAGCAUUAAAUAUUACCGUCAAGACUAUGAGAACAGCCUUAAGAAGGGCUACUUCCUGCCUAAGGAUGCUGUCGCAGUGAAAUCUGCCAAGGCCUCCAGAGACAUCAUUAGUGAUUACAAGUACAAAGUUGGAUACAGGAAGCAGCAAGGGCACCACAUUGGAGCCCUUAGCAUCCAUGAUGAUCCCUUGAUCAUGCUGGCCUUUAACUCAGGCAAGAUUGCUAGUGAUCUUCUGUACAAGAAAGAUUUCAACAAGUCCAAGACCAAGUUCCACCUCCCAGUGGACCUGCUGUCUCUUGAGCUGGCCAAGAAAUGUCAGAUCCAGGUCAAUGAUGCCAACUACAGAACCUACCUGCACAACUGGACCUGCCUGCCCGACUCCAAUGACGUCGUCCAGGCCAGGAAGGUCUAUGAUCUGCGCAGUGAUGCUGUAUACAAAGCUGAUCUUGAGUGGAUCCGUGGAUGUGGCUGGAUGCCGCAAGGAUCUAUUGACGUGCUCAAAGCCAAGAAUGCUCAGGCUAUCCUUAAUGAGAAACUGUACCGCCAGCCUCCCAGCUCUGUCAAGUUCACAAGUGCUGUGGACCUGCCUGCUAUUGUUCUGGCCAAGCAAAAUGCUGACAUCCUCAGCGAUAGGAAAUACAGAGAAGCAUGGGAAAAAGAUAAGACAUCAAUCCACAUUAUGCCAAAUACACCUGCCAUUGAGUUGUCCAGAGCCAAUGCCAUUGCCGUCAGCAAUAAAAUGUAUACCAAAGACUGGGAUACUACGAAAGCAAAGGGAUACCACAUCAAAGAGGAUGCCGUGUCUGUGAUCAAGGCUAAAGUCUCCAGAGAUAUAGCCAGUGACUACAAGUACAAGGCUGGUUACCGUAAGCAAGUUGGUCAUCACAUUGGAGCCCGCAGCGUCCAGGAUGAUCCUCUGCUCAUGCUGGCCUUGAACUCAGCUAAGAUUGCCAGUGACGCUCUUUACAAGAAGGACUUCAACAAGUCCAAGACCAAAUUCAACCUCCCAGUGGACCUGCUGUCUCUUGAGUUGGCCAAAAAAUGCCAGAUCCAGGUCAAUGAUGCCAACUACAGAACCUACCUGCACAACUGGACCUGCUUGCCCGACUCCAAUGAUGUUGUCCAGGCCAGGAAGGUCUAUGAUCUGCGUAGUGAUGCUGUGUAUAAGGCUGACCUGGAGUGGCUCAGGGGAUGUGGAUGGAUUCCCCAUGAGUCUGUUGAAGUUGUCAAAGUGAGGAAUGCCCAAAAGAUUCUGGCUGAAAGAGGCUACCGUGUGAAACUGGAUGAGCAGAAAUAUACAACACCCAUUGAAAGAGUUGACUUUGUGUGCUCCAAAAAUGCUGCUGAUGUGCUCAAUGAGGCUAAGUACCGUGAGGCCUGGCACCAGGACAAGACUAAAUACACGUUGACAGACUCUCCAGUUUUGGCUACAGCCAGGGAAGUAGCCAAAAUGUACCACCCGCAUUUCUACACCAAAAGCUGGGACAAGACCAAGUCCACAUCAUACUUCAUGCCCGGAGAUGCGGUUCCGAUUAAACAAUGCAUUCAGACCUCAAAAGUACAGAGUAAUUACAAGUACAAGGCUGGUUAUCGUAAGCAACUUGGUCAUCACAUUGGAGCCCUGAGCGUCCAGGAUGAUCCUCUGCUCAUGCUGGCCUUGAACUCAGCUAGGAUUGCUAGUGACGCUCUCUACAAGAAAGACUUCAACAAGUCCAAGACCAAGUUCAACCUCCCAGUGGACAUGCUAGCAUUUGAACAUGCAAAGAAAUGCCAGAUCCAAGUCAAUGAUGACAACUACAGAACUCGCUUGCACCAGUGGACAUGCUUGCCUGAUCAAAAUGACGUCAUUCAGGCCCGUAAAGCAUAUGACUUAGCCAGUGACAAUGUCUACAAAGCAGAUCUGGAAUGGUUACGUGGUUGUGGAUGGGUGGCUGCUGAUUCUGUGGAUCAUGUCAAAGUCCGAAAAGCACAACAGGUUCUGAAUGAUAGACUUUACAAGAAGGAUGCUAAGGAAAACUUUGGCAAAUUUACCCACAUUGUGGAUCGCCCUGAGGUUGUUCUUGCAAAGGUUAACGCCUUUAACCUCAGCGAUCUGAAGUACAAAGAAUCAUUUAACCUGGAGAAGGGCCACUACAUUGGAUCUGAUGAUACACCACAACUGGCUCACUGUAGAGAGGUCGCAAAUAUGAUCAGUGAGAAAUUGUACAAAGUCAGCUGGGAUGAGAGCAAAGCCACCGGCUAUCAGCUGAACCAUGAAUAUAUACCAGUACAACAAGCCAAGAGGACCAGAGACAUGAUCAGUAAUUAUAAGUACCUUGGUACUCAUGAGAAAGCCAAAGGCCACUACAUGGCUUCAACACUGGCUGACUUCCCUGAGGUGAUUCGCUUUGGUCAAAUUGAGAAAAUGAAAAAUCUGAGAGACUACCACAAAGCCUACAAUGAAACCAAAACUAAGCUCCACAUUCCUGCUGAUAUGAUCAGCCAUGUGGUUGCCAAGAAAUGCCAGGAAAUCCUGAGUGAUGUUCUAUACCGUACACACCUGCACCAGUGGACAUGCCACCCUGAACAGAAUGAUGCCAUCCGUGCACGCAAGGCCAAUGAGAUCUUGAGUGAUGUGUUCUACAAAGAUGACCUGAACUGGAUGAAGGGCAUUGGCUGUUACUCCUGGGACACUCCUGAGAUUGUACGUGCCAAGAAGUCAUAUGAGCUGCAGAGUGAUAUUAAAUAUAAGGCAGAAGGCAAAAAGGAGUGGAACAACUACUCCAUUGUGACAGACACACCUGUAUAUGUGACUGCUGUCCUGGGCCACACUUGGGCCAGUGAGCUGAACUACAGAGAGGCAUAUCAUAAGGAGAAACACAUUUACACCACUGUUCUGGACACCUGUGACUACGCAAGAUGCUGUAACCUGAAGGAGAUCUACAGCACCAAAGCCUAUUCUGCGGCUUGGGACAAGGUCAAGGCCAAGAGCUACAGCAUCCCUCACGAUUCCCAUGCCUUAGUCCAUGCCAGACAACAGAAGGUCAUCCUGAGCAAUAAUAAAUACAAGGAAGAUUAUGAGAAGUUCAAGACCCUGUACAGCCUGCCUAAGUGUCUUGAGGACGACCCUGCUACUGCAAGAUGUAUCAAAGCUGGAAAACUGGUUCUGGAUCGCCUGUACAAAGACAAAUAUGAGAAGACCAAGGCAAAGGUCCAUGUACCUCCCGACAUGCUUGACAUUGUAUCCGCACGCAGUACUCAGAAGACUGUCAGUGGGGUUGACUACCGUAAAUAUCUGCACCAGUGGAUCUGCCUGCCUGACAUGCAGGUGUACGUGCACGCCCGGAAGGUCAACGAGCAACUGAGUGACAUCUUCUACAAAGAUGACCUCAACUGGUUGAAGGGUAUUGGCUGCUAUGCUUGGGACACUCCUGAGAUUCUUCGUUGUAAGCAAUCUAUGAAACUGCAGAGUGAAAAUCUUUACAGAGCUAAGGGAAUCGAGCACUUUAAGGACUACACUGUGGUCACGGACACCCCUGUCUAUGAAACAUGCAAGCAGAGCGCUAAGAACUUGAGCGAGCUUAACUACCGUCAUGACUACGCCACAAACGUCAUGGGUAAAAACACCGCUCCCGCUGUGACCGUCGAUACAGAAAGGGCCCGUCAAGCCAACUACAUCCAGAGCGACAACUUCUACAAAGAGGCCAAUAAUAUGUUUAUGCCCACCGGUUACACUCUGCCCUAUGACACUCCCUUAAACAAACAGGCCAAGGCCAACAGCAUAAUCACCAGCAAUAUGAAGUACAAGGAAGCCUAUGAGCAGAUGAAAGCCAGGAACUACAAACUAGAUCCUGAAGGUGUAAACUUUGUCACCAUCAGGAAGGCUAACAAGGUCACCAACCAACGACUGUAUCGUGAGAAAUAUGAGAAGGAAAAGGACAAGAUCCACUCUGAGUAUAACACACCAGAGAUCCGACAGGUUAAGGCCACUCAACAUGCAGUCAGUGAUCUGUGCUAUAAGGAGAAGUACUACAACAGCAGAGGAACUCUUCUGUCCAUGCCCAUCACCCCAGAGCUGAUGCACUGCUUCCACGUCAACGAGAUCAACAGUGAUCUGAAAUAUAAAGAGGAUCUGCAUUGGCUGAGAGGUAUUGGCUGCUUUAUGGUGGACUCCCCUGAGAUGGUCCGAAUCCGUGAGAUCACCAAGUUUAGAAAAUCCUAUGACAUUGAUGCCAAGAAGAACUAUUCCAACUUCAGUGUAGUCCUGGACACACCAGAGUACAAGCGUGUGACUGAACUCAAGACCCACAUGAGUAAUAUUGUGUACCGAGCUGAGGGCAAUAAGGAAAAGACUAAAUGUACCACUACUGUGGAUGGCCUGGAAAUUAAGAGAGCCAAGUGGGCACAGAGUCUGACCAACAAGUUCCAGUACAUUGAUCUGGCAUCCAAGGAGAGGGCCUUCUUCACCCCAGAAUCACACACUCCCAUCUUGGAUCACGCCCGUUCCAUGAAAGUGGUGUACAGUGAGAAAAAGUACAAGGAACAGUAUGAGAAGAUGAAGCACAAGUAUACUCCCAUCCAUGACACACCAAUCCUGGUUCGUUCCAAGAAAGCCUACCUCAAUGCCAGCGAUCUGCGCUACAAGGAGACCUUUGAGCUGUCUAAGGGACACUACCACGCUGACAAGGACGCCCUGGAUAUUCUCUGUGCCAAGAGAGUCAGAGAAGACAUCAGUGAGGUCAAAUACAGGGAGAAGUACAUCAGCACAUUGGGCACCUGGAAGUCUAUCCCCGACCGCCCUGAGUUCUUCCACAGCAAGAUUGUGAGGGACUGCAUCAGUGACAUCAAGUACAAAGAGGAUCUUGACUGGAUCAAGGGCAUCGGUUGCUACGUGUGGGACACACCUGCAAUGGUGCAUGCUGAACACAACAAGGCCCUCUACAGUGAAAGACUCUACAAAGCAUCAUUCGAGAAGAACAGAGCCAACUUCAAGUACACAUGUGACACACCAUUCUUUGAGGCUGCCAAGAACGCUUCACUUUUGAUCAAUGAUGGAAAAUAUAAAUUCAAGGCCAAGGAGUUACUCAAGAGCGGCUGCAAUGAACUGCGCCGUCCUGACAUUCUUGUAGCCAUGUACAACUCUGGCAUGUGGAGUAAGUGGAAGUACAGAGAGCAUUAUGAACGUGCCAAGUCGAAGUACACCGCAGUGCUGGAUACCCCUAAUUAUCAAGUUGCCAAGCGCAGCAAGCAGAUCAGCGAUAUCAUUUAUAAGAUGGAAUACAACAAGACCAAAGCAACAAGUUACACUCUUGGACAUGACACUCCCAUGAGCCAGCACACGAAGAAGGUCAAGGAGAUCACCAGCAAUCUGAAAUACAAGGAAGUGUAUGAAAGAAACAAGGCUCACAUCAACAUAGCACCUGACGCUCACGACAUUCGUGCCGCCAAGGAAGCCUACAAGAACAUCAGCAAUCUUGACUACAAGAAGAAGUAUGAGGCCACCAAGAACAAAUGGAUAUGGACUGUGGACAGACCUGAUUUUAUUCAUGCAGCUAAGAACAGCUUCCAGCAGAGUGAUGUUGAGUACAAGUACGAUAAGGAAAUGUUGAAGGGCUGUGUAAUGUCUGUUCCUGAUGAUAAAUACACCAUUCUGGCUAAGCAGAACACUGAGCUCGCCAGCGAUGUGAAAUACAAGGAGAAGUAUGAGAAGGCCAAGGGCCAUUACAUUGCUGUCCAUGACACUCCUCAAAUCCUUCAUGCUAAAUCAGUGGCUAAACUUGUGUCUGAGACCAAAUACAAGGAGGCCAGCAAAAAGGAUCUCCAGUCAGGCGGCUUCACCACUCUUGCUGAAACCCGCGAGACUGCCCACAGCAAAGAGGUUGCCAAAAUCACAAGUGCUAAAUUGUACAAGCAGAAGUUUGAGAAGGAGAAAGGCAAGUCUAAUUACAACCAAAUGAUUGCUCCUCCUGAUGUGCAACAUGCCAUGGAAGUGGCCAAGAACCAAAGCAAUAUCGCCUAUAAGCAGGAGGCUAAAGCCAAGUUGACGUACACUUUGGUUGCUGACCGCCCAGACAUCAGGAAAGCCACUCAAGCUGCUAAGCUUGUCAGUGAGAUCGGAUACCGUGAUAAGGCUCGCCAGGAGGCCAGCCGUGGUGGAACGCUGCUUGGCCGUCCUGAUAUCACCCUGGCCACUGAGGUGUCCAAACUGACUAGUCAGGUGAAGUACAAGGAGAAGUUUGACAAGGAGAUGAAAGGAAAGAGACCACAGUAUGAUUUGAAGAACAGCAAGAUUUACCAGACUCUGAAGGAUGCCAAUGAACUUGCAAGCGAGGUGAAGUACAAAGGUGACCUGAAGAAGAUUCACAAACCUGUUACGGACAUGGCAGAGUCUCUGUCCAUGCAGCACAACCUGAGCACUAGCAAGCUGUCCAGUGACUACCAGUACAAGAAGAAGUUUGAGGAGAGUAGGGGUCACUACCAUAUGAUACCCGACACACCUGAGCAGCUUCACCACAAAGAGGCCUCAGAGCUGCAGAGUCAAGUGAAGUAUAAGGAGAAAUAUGAGAAAGAAAGAGGCAAAGCCAUGCUGGACUUCGAGACUCCUACUUAUGUAACUGCUAAGGAGGCUCAGCAUCUCCAGAGUCAGAAAGAGUAUAAGAAGGACUUUGAGAUGACAAUGAAAGGAAAGAACCUCUCUGGGUUGGAGGUCACCCCUGCCAUGAUGCAUGUCAGACACGCCACGAAAAUUAUUAGCGAGAGAGAGUACAAGAAAGCACUGGAGCAAGAGAUCAAGGGAAAAGGCAUGUUGGCUUUGGCUACUGACACUCCAGACUUCUUGAGGGCAAAGAAUGCCACAGAAAUCCUCAGUCAGGCCAAGUACAAGCAGAAUGCUGAGCAUGACAGAGCCACAUACACCACAGUCAUUGACACCCCUGACAUCCUCCACGCUCAGCAGAUCAGGAACAUUGUGAGCCAGAAAAAGUACAAGGAGGAGGCUGAAAAGACUAUGUCCCACUAUGUGCCUGUGUUGGACACUCCUGAGAUGCAAAGAGUGCGUGAGAACCAGAAGAACUUCAGCACUCUUCAGUACCAGAUUGACCUUAAAAACAGUAAGGGCAAAGUUUCAGCAGUAAAGGACACCCCUGAAAUGCUUCGUGUUAAAGAAAAUACAAAGAAUUUCAGCUCGAUCCAGUACAAGGAGGAGCUUGGGCAAGGAACAGCCAUAUCUGAAACCCCUGAGAUGGAGAGGGUUAAACGCAAUCAGGAGGCUGUUAGCACGAUUAAAUACAGGGAUUCCCUAAGGCAAGGCAUAUCUAUAGCCGACCUUCCUGAGGUGAAGCGUGUACGGGAAACUCAGAAGAACAUCAGCUCGAUCCAAUACAAGGAAGAUUUGGGAGUAGGAACAGCUAUUUCAGAAACCCCAGAGACGGAGAGAGUUAAACGCAAUCAGCAAAAUAUUAGCACGAUAAAAUACAAGGAUUCGCUGGGUCAAGGCACAGCCAUACCGGACCUCCCCGAGAUGAAGCGGGUCAAAGAGAAUCAGAAGCACAUCAGCUCGGUCUUGUAUAAGGACCUUUCUGUGAAGGGAACGCCUGUGGUGUUCACACCAGAGAUGGAGAGGGUCAAACGGAACCAAUUGCAGAUUAGCUCGGUUCUGUACUCGGACAGCUUCCGUAAGCAGGUGCAGGGUAAGGCCGCAUUUGUGCUGGACACCCCUGAGAUGAGACGUGUUAAAGAAACUCAGCGUAUCGUCUCUGGAGUCAGAUACCACCAGGACUUUGAGAAGAGCAAGGGCAGCUUCACCCCCACCAUCUCUGACCCUGUCACUGAGCGCGUGAAGAGGAACACCCAGGACUUCAGUGACAUCAGCUACCGCGGCAUCCAGAGACGUGUGGUGGAGAUGGAGAGGAGACGUGCAGAGGAGCACGAUCAAGAGACCACCACUGACCUGCGUGUGUGGCGCACAAACCCCGGCUCUGUCUUUGACUAUGACCCUGCUGAGGACAACAUACAGUCCAGAAGUCUUCACAUGAUGUCAGUCCAAGCCCAGCGCCGCAGUAAGGAGCACUCCCGCUCCACCAGCGCAAUGAGUGGCGUGGGCGAUGAGAAGUCAGAGAUGUCUGAGAAUGUGGACCACCAUGCAUCCCUCUACAGCAAUGGCUUUGGUGUCUCUGCUUUACACGGUUACUCACAGACCAAGACUGUUGAGGUUCAGCAGAGAUCCUCCUCUGUGGCAACACAACAGACCACUGUUUCUUCUGUCCCCUCGCAUCCUUCAACCACUGGAAAAACCGUCCGUGCCAUGUAUGACUACUCUGCUGCAGACAAUGAUGAGGUGUCCUUCAAGGACGGUGACGUCAUUGUGAACGUGCAGGCCAUCGAUGAGGGUUGGAUGUAUGGCACUGUGCAGCGUACUGGAAAGACCGGUAUGCUGCCCGCCAACUAUGUGGAAGCCAUCUGAAUACAACUACUGUCCUCUCAAACACCCUGUGGAUGAGGGAGUUUGAUAUUCACUCAAGACGGGAAAAAAACGAUUUAAUGUGUACUAAUGUUAGUCAAAGUAGUUAUGCUGCCGUUUGUCCUCAUUACUAUUACUACAUGUGCCCAUGUCACAAAGUCUAUUGUGGUUGUGGCAUGAGAAACUGACAAAUUAUACAUAUUUAAGUCACAGACAAUUGUAUUUAUCUUUGUUGUUCUAUUCUAGCAGUUAAGUAACCAUUAUUUUUUGUAUAUUGCAAUCACACUCCAUUCAAAGAAGUUUUAACGUUGAAACAUUUGCAGAACGAGAGAUGGGCUCAUGGUUCACUAUACGUGAAAAGGAAAACCAGAAAUUCUGUGUUUUAUAAAAACUGAACAGAGGCACUAAGGUUGCCACAUGAAAAUGAAAAAGGAAAAAAAAAAACUUGAAAAUGUCGAGGACAGGCCACCAGUUCCUCUAAAGUGAAAAUGCCUUGAUGUUAAAAACAAGCCUCCUCCCUCGCUGAAGGCUGGCCAUUAUUUGCAUGUUUUGUUUCUUUGAUUCUGUAGGUGUGGGGUUUGAGGAAGGUGUAUACCUUGAAUCAGUAGCUAAUAAAGCACACCACGCUUUCUGCAGUCAA